AUGUGUAUGGCGGUCCUAUUUGUCAAGAAUGACCAAAUGUUACUUGCCGCAAUGAGGAACAACCAGCUUAUCGAAUACAAUCUCGAAACUGGUGCACUUGGGAAUCCGUUGGAAUGGACUGUUGACGACGAAGGUAGGCCGGCCAAGACUUUUCGACGCCCAAGUCGCGUGGUCAUGAGUGCAAGCCAAUAUCAGCUUGCUGGGAUAUAUCGUGGGCAGGACAUUUUGGUGUGGGAUCUUAGUGGUGAUUACGGCUACGAAACAUACAAUAGGGAUACUGGAUUGUCGACAUCGAAAGACAGCAGACAGAACACUACCGUCUAUGAUAUGGUCUUUAAUCCAGCGCCAAACUCCACCCUCUUCGCGGUCGCCUACUUUGAAGGAGACAUUGUGCUGUUUGACACUGCCGAUGGGAGUCAAAAAGAGAGUGUUCAAGCCAAUGCACAAUCGCUGGCAGUUUCCCCUAAUGGUAGAACACUCGCUAGCUUUGAUGCUUCUGGGGUGGUUCAAGUCUUUGAUUUUGAGACUUUGAACCCCAUCUUUCGUAUACAAUCCAGAGACUGGGGAAUCAAAGCCCUUUGCUUCAACGGCGAUGGAUCUCGGCUUCUGGUUGGUCGAGGUUCUCAAUGCAAGAUAUGGAACCCAGCCGCGUUACGGCGAGAGGAUGAUGAGAUUGAGAACAGCGAUACUGUCUCCAUUUCAACUGCCGCUCACGAGGUUCAAUUUGAUACUUUUGGCGAUGAGGUACUGAUCACCGCUAUUUGUGAAUAUGCGAAUGGGGCUGUCUUCUUGUGUGGUAAGGAUGACGGAUCCGUAUCUUUGUAUAGCGCAAAAGACGGAAAGAAACUCAAGUUUCUUUACGAAAACCCUGGAAAUCCAAUUCUGUCGCUCUUCGUCGACGCGAAAAGCCAAACAAUCGGGAGCUCAGCUGCAUCAGGCCGGAUAGUGGCCUACCGAUUGGCCCAGGUUGAGGAUGACUGGCAAUUGAGCGAUGUCCAGUUUGACGCGAACCUGAAGUGCGCAAUUGAGCAGGUACUGAGCAACGAAGGCCAUACUCGCUUGCUGGUUUGUUCACAGAGCGGGGACGUGUUGUACGAUAUGGACCAUGGUCGCAAUACAAUCGUGGCUACUAGGACGAGAGCUAGCGAUGUUCCACAUAGAUGGGCAGCGUUACCAAACAAGCGGGAUUUGAUCUUGAUAACCGAUCAUCAUGCGCACAUAUUCACUUGGGACAAGCUACAAUGCUUGACUGGAGCAACAGGCAUACUCCUCGAAGGCAGUGACUCACUAGAAGCAACAAGCAUCGUGUCUAUAUCACCUUGCUAUAACGGCCUCACAAUUGCAAUAGCGUUCUCCCACUUCUACCAAUCGCACACUAGUCGCGCUAGUGUAUAUCUCUACCCAACCUCCUCUUUCGAAACGUCAACGUCCUUCUCCUCACCCCUCACCGCGAAACUAUUACCAAAUUCUUACACCCUCUCUUCACAGGUCAAGUACCUCAUCGGAUCAUACGCUAAAUGCCUCGUAUUCCUACAUUCAUCCGGAUGGAUCUGCUCCGCUGACCAGGAGAGCUUUGCUAUAACACGCCAUUUUAUCGUCCCGACCGAUUGGCUGAGCUCAAACCUGGAGUUGAUGAUUAGGGUUACGGAGACCGGCGAUAUACUGUUCGUGAGGGGUGAUGAGGUGGCUGUUAUAAAGAGGGGCUUGGAUACUAGUGAGGCUGGGGUGCCUUCGAGGGUCGGGAGGCGACUGGUGGAGAAGCCUGGGAGGGGAGGUGGUUCGUGA